CUUCAAUCACAGAGGGAGACCCGAGCCCAGUCAUCACAAGCAAGCAAGCAAGCGCGCUCGGCUCGGUUUAUAUACGAACACGUACGUGCGCAUAAGGCUGGAAUUUUUAGUUCGCUGGAGCUGCAGAACCAGCAAAACGUCGGUUUGAUCUCUCGAUGGUCAUGACGCUUACGAGAGACGAAGCAGAGGGGAGCAAGGAUAUGCAGGGCGUCCGGGCGCACGCCGAGGAGCUGUCCACGCUGUCGUCGGCGGUGGCGGCAGGCACCGACGGCACGCCGCGGCCGCCGUCCUCGGGCGCCGCAGCCCGCAGGGCCAUGGCGGCCGAGGGCGUGUUCGAGUGCAAGACGUGCAGCAAGCGCUUCCCGUCGUUCCAGGCGCUCGGCGGGCACCGCACCAGCCACACGCGGCUGCAGGCGCGGACGAUGCUCAGCGACCAGGCGGCGGCCGAGAGGGACAGGGCGCGGGCGCACGAGUGCGCCGUCUGCGGCCUCGAGUUCGCCAUGGGCCAGGCGCUCGGCGGACACAUGCGCCGCCACAGGGGCGAGGCGCCGCCGCCAGCCGCGCAGCCGGCGGACCGGGACAUGCCGGACCUCAACCUGCCGCCGUUGGACGACGGUAACGGCAGCGCCGAUGGCCAAGGUCCACGGCGGUCGGAAGACGAUCGCGGUUCUUCCAAGCCUCAGCUGCUCAACCUGCUCGUAUAGCGUAGCGUGCACAAACGGAUGCGUGCGUGGUGAUUCGGAGUUGUAAAUGAUUGGUGACUGAAGUUUUAGAACCAGAACAUGCAUGAAAUGGAAUUCUUCGAUGGUUAGCUUAGUUUAGCUUCAUAGUUUGAUCCUGGAUUCAGUCAGUUUUUUUUUUCCUUUCUAGAGCUAUUGCCUAUUGGUCGGUUCAAUCCAUUUGUUGUAUGUAAAAUUGUCUUGAUGGUUCGGUGGAAUAAAGUUAGAACACCCAGUUUAACUA